UCCCAGCUGAUCAUCCUCGAGCAGCAAACAUGACUACGCAUGCAAGCGACUAGUGUACCCAGUAAAUCACAACAUCAAGCAGAAACAAAACUAAGAUAGCUUAACUAAUUACCAAAAGCACACGUAGCGCUGCACCACUGCUAGCUUCGAUAUGGCUUCGUCAUCUAUUCACCCCAGCCGACUCACGAAGCCCUUUUCACUUGCUAUCUUUCUUGUCAUUGUGAGCUGCUCCACGCAUUAUUUGAUGGUUGCAGCUGGCGAGGUAUCGACGGCCGGCGACGACAAGGCAAUGAGGGAGAGGUACGAGAAGUGGAUGGCUGAACAAGGCCGCACUUACAAGGACUCAACUGAGAAGGCUCGGCGGUUCGAGGUAUUCAAGUCCAACGCCCAUUUCAUCGACUCGCACAAUGCUGCAACAGGGCCAGGGGGCAAGAGUCGCCCGAAGCUGACGACCAACAAGUUCGCUGACCUCACCGAGGAUGAGUUCAGAAACAUCUACGUCACGGGGCACAGGGUUAAUUACAGGCCCACGUCUCUAGUUACCGAUACCGUAUUUAAGUUCGGGGCUGUCAGCCUUUCGGACGUGCCUCCCAGUAUAGAUUGGAGGGCCAGGGGCGCGGUAACUUCCGUCAAGGACCAGCAUCUAUGUGCGUGUUGCUGGGCUUUCUCGUCGGCGGCAGCCGUGGAAGGCAUCCACCAAAUCACAACCGGCAACCAGGUUUCCCUCUCGGUGCAGCAGCUGGUGGACUGCUCCAACGCCGCGAACGAGAAAUGUAAGGCCGGCGAGAUCGACAAAGCCUACGAGUACAUCGCUCGGAGCGGCGGUCUCGUGGCCGAUCAGGACUACCCCUACGAAGGACACUCGGGCACCUGCCGCGUAUAUGGGAAACAGGCCGUGGCCAGGAUCAGCGGCUUCCAGUAUGUCCCUGCGCGGAACGAGACCGCGCUCCUGUUGGCCGUCGCCCACCAGCCCGUCUCCGUUGCACUCGAUGGUCUGAGCCGUGCGCUCCAGCAUAUUGGUACCGGGAUCUUUGGUUCCGCAGGUGAGCCGUGCACCACGAAUCUGAACCAUGCCAUGACGAUCGUUGGCUACGGCACCGACGAACACGGUACCAGGUACUGGCUCAUGAAGAACUCGUGGGGAAGCGACUGGGGGGACAAGGGCUACGUGAAGUUCGCGCGAGACGUGGCAUCCGAAAUUAACGGCGUUUGUGGCCUUGCCUUGGAGGCCUCCUACCCUGUUGCCUAGUGAAAUUAAUUAAGCAAAAGAUUUGUACGUACGUGUCACGCGCUUGCGGAAGCAAGGAUGAAUAAAACGAGACACGCAAUUCUUAUGUUUUGGUAA